AUGAGGCUGUGCAUUACGAAGUUGGCUGCUCCUGCGAGUUUGGAUGUCGAGAUACGGCGUCUUAUUAAGGAGCAUCCACAAUUAGAAAACCUCGUUACUUUGCCCACUUCCCAGCCCACCGAGCCACAUUCACCUAAGUUGGUGGAACUAUACAGUUGCAAUAUCCACUUAUGGUUACUGUCAGUUGCGUGGAUUGUGGUGCCGGAGUUGCUGCGAAAUAGACAGGUCAGGAACAUUGACCACGGUGUACUUGUUCGGGGACUUGGUCUGAUAUCCCUACUCUCGUGUGCAGCAUACUUCUAUCGCUCCAAUAUUGAGAAAAUUGUGCCAUCGCAUUCCAGGGCUAUGCUAGAUGCAGUUCCCUGCCUGGAUGCGCAAUUGGCUGCAAUGUCCACUGCGAAUGAACCAAUGAGGGAAGAUUCAAUGUUGGAGGACGAUCAGUUGAAUGCGCGGCGUCUCUUCGCCACACUGGGAGGCAUUUUAGAGGAGAAAAAGGGAAGUGAUGGCAAACCGGAUCCACCCCACGUCUGUCUAAUCACCGCUGCCCUCUGCGCUUUGCCGCAUUUUGUGGGUCGCACGAGCCCAGUUUUCUCUGAUUUAUCAGCCCUCUGUUCGAGUGCAGCCCUCUUCCAUUGGUUUACGGGGGCUAAAUGGCCGGGUUCUACACUGGUUCACCUUGAGCCCAAGCCCCCUUCUCAAGAGCUUACAUCACCCACAGAGACCGCUCUACGAAACAGUGUUGCCCUGCAGAGUCUUGUCCGUUCUUCCGGCGGUUUCGCAAAGAAAGCCCGACCAGCGAAUCCAGACAAUAUUCCAGCCGCACUCGUGGAUCUUAAUACGGUGGAGCAGUUGGUCAGCAGCACAACCUCUGAUACUUCCGAGGGGAGUAAGUCGACCGAACAGCAACAGCGGGAGGACGGGCUUCUGAGUGAGCUCGCCUGUACUGCAGCCUUAGCUGUUGUCGAUUCACCCGUCGGUGACGGCAUCGACUCCAGUGAUGCACAGAAAAUAAAAGUGUUUCCCAAACCUUCUCCUUCUCUAAAGCGAAAUAACUCGGGCAGUGCCAACAUAAACGCAUUUUUCCUAAACAAGAAUGGCAAGGCUGCUUUCAGCGCUUCUCCUCAUCGGUCUCCUUCCCACUCUGCAUUCAAAAUGCUACAGCAUCAGCAGUACCGUUAUAAAUUGCCACCGGUAAUCGCUGAAUGGUUGCAUCUGUGUUUCGUAAUACCAACAAGUUGGACGGAAAAGGCUCGGCAAAGUGAGGGGAAGCGCAGUCAUUCAUUGGUGGCAACGCCUGCGGAGACUGGUAGGGGCUCAGCGGUACUGCGACUCUCGCUGGAUCAGCAGCGCCGCGCCAUAGAGGCCAACAGGCAACGAGCACUCCGACAAGGCGACAAGAUUGUCGCUCAUCGUAACCAAGCUGCUUUUCUGGCACUCCUCCAUUCCUCUCAGAAGCGUCGUCGUCAAGGUGCUAACGACGAAGGCCCUUCUCUUGCUGAAGAAGAAGAAAGCGAAAUCUCGCAAAAGUACAACGACGACUUUACUGUGAGUCAAAGUGAUCUGCCUCCGGAAGAGUCUGCUGGAGAAGAAGUAGAAGAGGAGGAGUACGUGGUAAAGGAAAAAUCCGAGCAAAAUUAUUCGAGUUAUUCGAUGCCAGAUGUAGAAGCCACCGAUAUGGAAGAUUUCUCAUCUAGUUGUGUACCUGAUCAAGUGGAAAUGUCAUCGGAUGGGGAACCCCGUGAAUCCCCUAUUCACUGCUCAUCUCCUGCAAAAAGCCUUCAGUCGGAAGAAAUCCCCACCCCUCGGAUGAACCGUCGACGAUCCUCUCGCUCUCCAUCGUCAACUUCAUCGCGGAAUCAAGAAAUUGAUUCUGAGGGGCACUCCUCUGUCUCCGAUCGGCGACACCACCAUCGCGCCAAUUAUGAGCAGUCUGUACAUUCUGCUCGUGACCUUCAUCACCCCGAAAGUCGCUGCUCCCAAUGCUCGCACUGCAAUUCCCAAGGCUACUACAAUUCCAUGCCUCGACGCAGGCACAGAGGGCAGAUGGAGGCAAACGUAGGCGAUGGUUCUUUCAAAGGGAAUGUCGAAUAUGAGGAACUUUAUGGAACCAUGCCUAGACGGCGUGCGCCCAAACCCCCACGUGAAAUGAGAUAUCACUGCUGCUCUGGAAAUAAUUAUCGGCAUAGUAGAGAAUUCUCUUCUGAGGAUUGCGAAGAAGACGAUGCCAUCUUCGUCGAUGAGACCGCUUCGGAGAUCCACUGGAAUAGUCACUUUGGUCGACGAAGGACUCCUUCAAAUCAGCGUCUACGCCGUUCACAACUGGGAGCUCUUGACUCUGGGGAGGAAUUUAGCUAUCCCGUAUGCAACUCGACCCUCCCUCCUCGUCCGCAUCGGCUAGAUCUAAAUCACUUAGGCAAGUCUGCGGGAACCGGUCUGGACGCUCUUGUGAUCGCAGAACUUGCGCGUUCAGUAACUACACUUCGCUCUGACAUUGAACGCCUCACUGCGCAGCAACUCUUCCUGUGCACCGACAUUCGCGACACUGAUCCGACGAAACCUGUCCCACCAGUUGGAUCCCCCCACUCUUCCCAUUUGCAUCUGGCUGUCACACCCUCCAGCAGCACCCGCGCCAUGUGGAGCACAAGGAUGCCUCUGCGAUAUCCCUCUCAGUGCAACGUACAGAAGAACGAUAACGAUCACAGAGAUACCGAUUCUCCAGACCAUAUGACCAGUGAAAUUACUGCACUUGAUAAAAUCUCCCUUUCUACUCCAGAGAUCAAUCCGUUGGAACCGAUAUCACCCCUCGAGACAAAAACAUCAGAUAAUCACACCCAUACUGCAACCGAAUCUCCAUCUCCCGAGCCCGAGGUCAUUAAGCCUGCUGAAAAGCUUUUCAUCACUUUCGAAAGUCCCACAUCGGAGCGUCUUCAACGAGCGCGAGAGCGUCUCGAGGCUCGCAGAGCUGCCGAUCGUUCCAGGCUAACCGAAAGCGCUUUGCGUGCCCGCAUGGCUGAUCAAGAGUCUCAGUUCUUGGCAGAAUUGUCCGAAAUGGCGAGAAACGUCCCUACUCUUCCUGCUGAUGGUGUUUUUCCCACUGAUAUAGAGUCCGAAAAUUCAGGAUUUCCCGUGCAUACAACUAAUGAUGACGGGGCAGCCGGCAAUAGUGAAGGUGGUUUGGUGGCUUCAGCUACUCCUCUGAAUCCCACCUGUCCGACCUUGGCACGAUCUCGUCAGCCUUCCGCCAGCGCUACCGUUGCACACAGAAAGCCUUCUGCUGGUGUAGCUCGAGUUGGUGGUAGCGGUCGGAACUCACGGUCGGCUUCACUUAGCCGUUCAAAUGUUCGCAGCUCGGUUACAUCGAGUAGCGGAAACCGAUCAACUACUGUUGGACGCGUGACUUCAACCAAUGAAAAAAGAGAUGCUGUAUCUGUUGGGCGCCAAAGAUCCGUGUCACGACGGUCUGUCAAUCAAAUUAGUAAUGGACCCAGUCUCUCCUCUCUUCAUCGACUGGAGAAUGGUGAAGAAAGUGCAUACAGCGGACCUGGUUUCCCACUUGCUGGCAUCCAACCGCAACCCCGUCUUUACGUAAAGCCAAAGUCGAAGUCGAACAGACAGGUCAUUGUGAACGCGAUUUCACACUGCUGCCUUGCUGGAACCGUGAAUGAACCUGCAAAAAAGCUAGCUUUGCAGGAGCUCGCUGCUGUGGAUGGAUCGCAUUUCAUUGUUCUUUUCCGAGACAGCAGAUGCCAAUACCGUGCUCUAUACGCCUUCGAUUUCGAAACAGAAGAACUGAAAUUCAUCUGCGGCAAUGGCCCCCGGAAAAUCACGCAUAACAUGUGCGACAAAUUUUUCAAGUACAACAGCGGGGCAAAACAGUUUAGUGAAAUCACCUCUACAAAGCACUUGAGUGCAGUUGUCGAUGCUAUCACUAUUCAGAAUUCCUGGUGGAUGCGAUCGCCUCCGUUGCACAGCAACGCUGCGCGAGCUACCGCAUCGGGUUACCUCAUGGAAGUCAUCCUACUUAAAUCCACAAAUGCUGGCACAUAUUCUUGUGACGCUGAUCCUUAUAUAAAUCUCUUAAAGUCUCGUGAAUUUUCAGUGGAGGUUAUUGAAACACUGUCAUUUUCUUCAGCGAGCUGUUUUCUCGUACGCUUCCACAAACUUAAUCGGUAUUUUUUGACUUUCUUAAUACUGAACCACAAAGGUCUCCCUGAGGAUCUAUGCUUUGCUGUUGGACCUGCCACAUCUUCUGCAGCUAGUAAGUUAGGAUUCAAACCAAGAGGCUCCCAUACUGGUAAUGCCAGAGAUUUGGCAAAUCUCAUCAUCGAUGAUUAUGCUGAAGAAGUGUCGACAAAACCUAUUCUCCUGCUUACUGGAGCACGCCAUAGCUCUGUUCUGCCGGAUAGAUUACGUAAAGCCGGCUUGUUAGUAGAAGAAGUCGUAAUAUACAGUUCUAAUCCAAAUCCAAAUUUCGAGACGCGGCUCCUCUCUGUUCUGAAGAAGAGCGAAAAUCAUCCACAAUAUCUGGUAUUCUUCAGUCCAUCAGGUGUUGAAUUGGCCUACCCCAUCUUAUCCAAAUUCCUAUCUCAGAAUGGUUAUGCCGUACAGAUAAUCGCAAUCGGACCCACUACCGGAGCGAAGGUUGAAGUCCUAAAUCUCCCACUAAUGGCUGUCUGCCAGUCAGCGACACCGGAGAGUUUGCUUGAGUGUCUACUGCAAGCUCUCCCUCGUUGA